CUGACGCGGCCUCCCCGCCCCCCGGACCCUAACCGGCUGCCUCCACGAACCGAUCCCCGAGAGCAGGAGGCUCGGACCCGCGGCCGACGCUGGGCGCCCCGACGCCCCGCCUUCCCGCCCGCCAUGGCCGCGCCUCGCGCUCUGGCGGCCGCUGCGCCCGCGCCUGGGAAGGCCAAGCUGACGCACCCGGGGAAGGCGAUCCUGGCAGGCGGCCUGGCGGGCGGCAUAGAAAUUUGCAUCACCUUCCCCACCGAGUACGUGAAGACGCAGCUGCAGCUAGACGAGCGCUCGCACCCGCCGCGGUACCGAGGCAUCGGGGACUGCGUGCGGCAGACCGUGCGUAGCCAUGGCAUUCUGGGCCUGUACCGAGGCCUCAGCUCUUUGCUCUACGGUUCCAUCCCCAAGGCGGCCGUCAGGUUCGGGAUGUUCGAGUUCCUCAGCAACCACAUGCGGGACGCCCAGGGACGGCUGGACAGCACGCGCGGUCUGCUCUGCGGCUUGGGCGCCGGCGUGGCCGAAGCGGUGGUGGUCGUGUGCCCCAUGGAGACCAUCAAGGUGAAGUUCAUCCAUGACCAGACCUCUGCCAGCCCCAGAUACAGAGGAUUCUUCCACGGGGUUAGGGAGAUUAUUCGGGAACAAGGGCUGAAGGGGACGUACCAAGGCCUCACAGCCACAGUGCUGAAGCAGGGAUCCAACCAGGCUAUCCGCUUCUUCGUCAUGACCUCCCUGCGCAACUGGUACCGAGGGGACAACCCCAACAAGCCCAUGAACCCGCUGAUCACCGGGGUGUUUGGAGCUGUCGCCGGCGCCGCCAGCGUCUUUGGGAACACUCCUCUGGAUGUGAUCAAGACCCGGAUGCAGGGCCUGGAGGCGCACAAGUACCGGAACACGUGGGACUGUGGCUUGCAGAUCCUGAGGAACGAGGGGCUCAAGGCAUUCUACAAGGGCACUGUCCCCCGCCUGGGCCGGGUCUGCCUGGACGUGGCCAUCGUGUUCAUCAUCUAUGAUGAGGUAGUGAAGCUUCUCAACAAGGUGUGGAAGACGGAUUAAGCCCCUGAGGAUCAGUGGGAGCUGCCCCCAGGUGCCUGCAGACCAGCCCACACCACCCUCUCCUUACAAUUCCAGUGCAGUUGUGCCAAAAGACCCCACCCCCAUUCCUUGAGCUCCGUGGCCUGGGUCUCUCCUGUGGCCUUUGAGUCCACAUGUCCUGUAGUACCAUGUGUGCCCUGCGGUCAACUACCAUUGUGUCGGUGUGUCAGGCAGAGGCUGGGUGUCCCUCUGGCCUGUGAAUCUGUGCCCACUUGUCCAUGUGCUUACUCAUGAGCCAUGUGCCUGUGUUUCAUGUUUUGUGUCAUGUGACCCGGUACCCUGCUUCCGGGGUGCCCAUGUGGCUUGGGUCCACGGCCCUGUAGCCAUGGCCCGGUCCCAGCCCGGUGCCUUCCACGCUGGGCAGCAGGGGCACCUGCCCCAGCCUACCACAGCUGCCUCCGGGUCUCAGCCUGGCCUCACCGCAUUCCAGGGGCUGUGUGCCCCUCGCUUCUCCCGCCACUGGCCUUAACUGGCUCUUGGGCCCUCCCUCCACCUGGGACAGGGUGGCCCCCACCACUCUCAGGACCACCCUCCCAAGGCAGAAUAAACAGGAUCCUGUCUCAGC